AUGCCUCUGUGCCAGUUCUGUGAUAUUCCUUUUGAAACUUCACUGCACGUUGAUACCUUGGAGCAUCGUAAAAGACGUGAUCGGAUGAGAGCAAUCAUCGACACGAUGGAUGCAGGAACUGAUCCAAAUAAUGGAAGUCAAGUAUCACGACAAACUCAAAGAUGUGGUGGUCAUCCUUCCAGCUACCUUGAGCCAACGUUGCCCUUUAUCCGUAAUGGACCGAACAGGAGAACGUAUCCAGCUCUUCAUCGUGGAUUACGGCGUUUCAACUCGCAAGCUCACCUUCAAGAAGAGCUCUCUCAGUUCCAAUGUAGUGAUCAUCCGGAAAAUUUUCGGGAUGAAAUCUACUUCUAUUCCCAGCGUGCCGAAAUGGGCAACAAUCAUGCCACUCAUGUAGAUUAUGAUCUUGCCUGGAAUAAUCACAUUCCCAAUUCCAUUCUUCCUCCACAUUAUGAUGGAGAGUUCCGCCCCUAUUUCAUGAGCAAGGGUGAUUCGUGCGGGACAGACACUGCUCGAAGGGGAAAUUGUUGCGAAAGNGAAGACGUCUCUCAGCCCUCUGGUGGUUCUUCUCGCACGGCCGGACAGAAUGAUGGAAAAAAGGAUCGCAAUGUUCCCCUUCUAAAAAGAGGCCUUUUAGCCAGAUUAUCUCUUAAAGCAAAGAAGGAUAAGGGAACUGCAUCGAAAAAUUCCACUGAUAAUGGAGGAUCUGAGAAGAGUGAUAGAAAAACGAAGAAAAAGAAGUCUAAGAGUCAGUCUCCAUCCACUUCUUCGAGAUGUAACGCGAAAUCUACAGCUUCUGCCAGUGGAAGUGUGCAACUCAGACGUGCUGCUCCUCUGAGCGUCUCAAUGAAGGACAAAACUAAAAAAUGGGAACUUGUGGCAGUGAAAGGAAAAGCAUCGUACCUGAAAAACCGAAGUCAGCGUCUUUUGAAAGAUCGAAUGAGCAAGUAUCGACUUGUUGAUAGUAAAGGGAUGGUGGUGGAAGACAUGCACGAGGAUGAGCCAUGCACAUCCUCGAUUGCAGCUUGCAGACCUCAGACAUCUAAAAAUGGAUCUACGUUACCCAGUCUUACGUCGCAUAUAUGGGGAACCGGUCCGGAAGCAAGAUCGCGAUCGCAGCAGAAGGGUCCUCUGGAGAAACCUUUGAAUGCAUCGUUAGCCCCAUCUGCAAUUGCUCCGGCUGCUCCUCGCACCCCAUGUCUUCGAGGUGAUCAACCUACUCGGGCAGGAAAUACGGGUUGGAAUGAUACAAGUAGCGGAUAUGCGACCAUGGUUGGAGACUUGCCGAUGAGCACUCCCAAAAACUACGACGUCGCGGUUCGUGCUUACGAAAAUUGUCAAGGACUUCCCAUUCCUGAUACCGUUGACUCAGUUCUGAAUGAAGUUAGUAGGAAAACUCAAAGUCUUUCAAAAAAUGCGGACAAUGGUGUGAAUUUUUCCAAUUCUCUAAACGACUCGUCAAUCUCUUCAGUUGGAAGUUGA